AUGCUUCGUGUUCGCACCAUCUGGAGCUCUAAGAGACGAUCAUUGCAGAAUGUGCGACUCAAGUCCUCUUUUGCCACAGCUUUAGCUACUGCUGCGAGGCUAGUGACGCCGUGGAGCUUGUUGAACAACCCCGUGUCAUUGGUGUCACAAGAAAUGAACACACUGGCAAAAAACAUUGUGGCCUUAAUGGGCUCUGGUCACCCAACUUUGAACAGAGUUACAGGUUAUUACUUCGAAGCUGAGGGUAAGAAGGUUAGGCCGAUGCUGGUUCUUUUGCUUUCUCGAGCACUAGCUGAGAUUCCGCUGGAGCAACGCAAUCGUAUCAAAGUGGACUACACGGAUGUUCCAGAGGACCCCGUGUACUCCAAGCCCCCACAAUCACUGCUAUUCCAGCAUCCUGCCAAAAAUCUAUCUCCACUUCAUAUUUUACAUGGCAUUAAACCCUUGAAUCCAUUGACUAAGGGCCCGGAACCUUUGCCUGAGGAAUUCGACAAGGAGCGAGGAAUCCUGCCGAAACAAAGGAGACUUGCUGAAAUUGUUGAGAUGAUUCAUACGGCAUCCCUUUUGCAUGACGAUGUGAUUGAUUAUUCUGACACCCGAAGAGGGCGCGCCAGUGGGAAUGUGGCAUUCACUAACAAGAUGGCUGUCUUGGCCGGCGAUUUUUUACUGGGGAGGGCCACAGUUUCCAUUUCGAGGCUACGAAACCCGGAGGUCGUCGAGCUAGUUUCCAAUAGCAUUGCUAACUUAGUUGAAGGCGAAUUUAUGCAAUUGAAAAAUACUGCGAUCGACAGUGACCCAACAACCAUUGCGAAUGGAAGCCAAACUAUUCCUCCCCCCUCUCAAAAGUUGAUCAACAAUGUGCAUGAGUAUCGCGUUCCCGUCAAUGCUAACGAAGGGGUGCCUCAAGCCAUCGUAACCACAGCAUUUGAAUACUACCUCCACAAAACUUACCUCAAGACAGCGUCCUUGAUCUCAAAAUCAUGCAGAGCAGCCGCUAUUUUGUCUGGUGCCAAAGACCCUGUUGUUGAAGAGUGUUAUAACUUCGGUAAAAAUCUAGGAAUAUGUUUCCAAUUGGUCGAUGACAUGCUGGAUUUCUCGGUCUCCGCCGAAGACUUGGGAAAACCCGCCGGCGCCGAUUUGCAGCUCGGAAUAGCUACAGCACCAGUUCUUUAUGCUUGGAAAGAGGAUGCUUCCUUGGGUCCAUUAAUUCAGCGUAAUUUCUCUCAACCUGGUGAUGUAGAGAGAACAGUAGAGGCGGUCGCUGCCCAUAAUGGUGUGAAGAAGACGCAAGAAUUGGCACAUGAAUAUAGAGACCGUGCUCUAUCCAAUCUUCGCAAUGCCUUGCCCGAAUCAGAUGCUCGCUCUGCUUUGGAGUUUCUCACCAACAGCAUCCUAACCAGAAGAAAGUGA